AUGAAAGUUGAGGUGUAUGUUGUUGGAAAUGGGACUUCAGAAAUUGGCCCUUCCUUUUUGCUUUCAAUAGAUAAAAUGAAGUAUAUUUUUAAUACCCCCGAGUCAUUUCAAAGAGGCUGUUUUGAACAAAAAUUAAAGCCGAGUUCUAGUAAUUAUAUCUUCUUUACUUCUGCAAAGUGGGCAUGUGUUGGGGAGUAUCCUCUUCUUAAGGCAAAUCCAUUUGACUCAUCAUUUCCAGGGAUUAAAGUCCAUGGACCAAAAGAAUGCUUAGAAGUGUUUGAAUCUUCUUCUAAAUUUCAAACGGACUUUCCUUUGUCGCAGCAAAUAUCAUUCACAUCAGACAAUGAAAGAUGUGAAAACUCGGGGUCGACUUUUUCUCCAUAUAGAAUCAAAGGAAUUCAAAGCGACACUUUAUGUUACUUUAUAGACCUUCCAAAGAUACCUGGCAGGUUUGAUCCAAAGAAAGCAGAUUCUUUUGAUCUUACUGGAGAAGAAAAGAAUCAAAUCAUGACCAAUGGUUAUUGUUUCAUUAAUAAAACACAAAAAGUAACACGAGAAGAUGUUUGUACUGAGUCGAAAGAGACUGGAAAAAUAAUAAUAGCACACAUCAUCGAUUUAUGUUCACUCACAAAUUUUCUUGGUGUUUUUUCAGUGCAGAUUCCUCAAGACACUAUUAAUAAGAUCGUGAGUUUUGUACUCAUAACGACAGACUAUUUACUCGAAACUCAAGAGUUAACAAAUUUUCUGAGUCAUUUGAAGUGUAAAAUAGUCACACUUCGCGAUAACUCAUUCGACGACGCAAUUUGCUUGUCUGAGACGUCAUUUAAGAAGUACUCUGUAUUUCACAAGGAGUUGAAGAAAGUACUUCCCGACUAUGUUACAAGUGAAUUUUUUACUUUAAAAACAUCAAAAAAGUAUUCUCCACUCACAUAUAAAAUUACAGUCUAUCCAAAGUACUUAGAGACUUAUAAUGAAACACUCAAACAAGUGGACUUUCCACUCACUGUGAAGAAAAUUGAGAAGAAAGAACAAGACAAUUUCAAAGUACUCUUGUUAAGUACCGGCGGGUCAUUCCCUUCAGUGAUUCGCGACUGCUCUUGUAAUUUAGUCGAAGUCAAUGGAAUGACUUUACUCAUCGACUGUGGCGAAAAUGCAGCAAACAAAGUAGUGAAGGCGGGGUAUGAUAUCAACCAACUUAAUUGUAUUUACUUCACACAUGGACAUGUCGACCAUGUGUAUGGGAUCACCAGUCUACUUUUGAAGAGAACACGCCCGAUAACAAUUAUAUGUCCCCAUACCGUUGCAACAUACAUUUGUGAUGUCCUCAAAGUACUUCAGAAACGUCUUGACAUCUUCUUUAUUGAAAAUUGGGAAUUUAGUGAUGAGAAGAAGACGCAAAAGGCACAAAGUAUAGAGCACAAUUUAGGCGUAAUUCUCACAACUAAAUUAUUGAAACACACUCUAGUCAAUUAUGGCAUCAAAAUUCAAUUCCACAAUUUCGCUCUUGUUGUGACGGGGGACACAUCGCCAUGUCAAGAAGUUGCUGAUUUCUGUGAUAGAAGUGAUGUUGUUAUUCACGAGUGCAACAAUGAAGUUGGUCAAGAAGAAUAUGCACUAGAACAUGGGCACUCUACUCCACUCACCAUUUCUGAAUGUCUGAAGGCCUGCAAAAUAAAGACUUUAAUAUUCAACCAUCUAACUCCUCGUAUUAACAAAAGCAAAAUUGAUGACAUUCAUUUUCAAUGUGUUACAUUCGAUGCAGUUGAUGGCUUUGUCAUUCAGAAAAGCAUUACGGAAGAUGCACUCGACAUCAAAAACAAUUUCAAAGAGAUCUUCGACUUCUUGGAUAAGUAA